CCUGCAUCAAAUUGGUAUCAGAGCUAUGGCUGGUCGUGGCAGAGGAAAUAAAGGCCAACAAGCAGAAUUAACUGAGAUGCGAUGUAUGAUUGAGGACUUGUCACAAGCUGUGCAAGCUUUACAGCGACCGAACCCUUGGGAGCCCAUAUGGAGAUGCCGGAGGGGUGACCCUGCAGACACACUGGAAGGCAGUCUGGAGGCUGAGACCGUGGAUGGAAGGGAUGAGAACCCUUUUCAUGAAGCUGGAACCACAAAUCAAGCGGUAAGAGGUGGAUUGGAAGAGUGGUUGAUACAUGCCCUUGAUUUGUUUGAAGAGGAAGGAGGUGACAUAUUAGAACCAGUUUAUGAUGUUUAUUGUGAUGAAAUUGAAGAAGUGGACAUUCUUUCAAUUCAGGAAGAAUCUUUAAUGAUUCAAGGAAUGAUAGUGAUAACUAAAGAAGAAGGACAAGAUUGGAGGAGUCAUUCUUUAAGGGAAAACAAUCAAGAAAAAAAAUCUCUAGCUGACAGCAAGAUAAUUGGUUACGCAUUUGCUGAGAAAUUUGAAGCUAAAAGUCAAGAGGCAGGAGUCAUAUAUGCUGCUCUAAAUAAGCCGUUGGGAGAAGAACAAAAAGGAGAAAAUUCUAUGCAACCUAAUGAAAAUCUCCAGCUAUUAGAAGAGAUUAAAGGGUCAGAAAAUAAGGAAUUACAAGAAGGGAUGCUGCCAAUGUUGAAUAUUCAACAUGACUUUGAUUUUAGUCCAACAGCGAGUUUAACUAAUCUGCCUACCAGCAAGUUUGAAUUAUACAACAAAAUGGCAGACUUCUUUCUUUGUUCUAAAAUUUCAGAUGCCACAAAAGUUGUUGAUUUAUUUUUGGAAGAAGUGGUGAGAUUAGAACAUAUUCCAACAUCCAUUGUUCGUUAUAGGGGUGUAAAGUUUAAGGGACAUUUUUGGAGGACUUCAUGGAAGAAAACUGUUCCAGAUAAAUACACAUUUGACAGCACCUGGAUUGCAGUGGGAAAAUUCAGAAAAAUUGGUCCAGAUAAACAUGUUGAAGCUGGCAAGUCUUUCAAUUUGAACCAACUAAAAUUUCCAGCCCGGGGAGAAUGAUGCAGGAGCGUAAAGUGUUUUUUUAAUUAUUUGUUUUAGUUUGAGUGUUAUUUGGAGUCUAAGUUUUAAUUUUAGGGAAGUCAUGUGGAUAGCUUGUGAUUUCUGAUUAGGACUAGAAUUAGUAGGUCAUUAGAAGUUCAAAUUAGUAUUGAAUUAGGAUUCUUGGCUACUGUUAGUUUACAUAGUUAUCUUUAGAUCUCUAAAUCAGUUUUUUGUUAUGAAGUUUUAGUUUGAGAAUAAACUUGAGGUUGAAAA